ACUUGCUGACGCAUCCACAAACUACGUAGGUCACCUUGAUAUACCCGGAGGUGGCUGAUAAGCUAUGUCUACAAGUCUCACCUGGACUAAAAUCAGUUUUUGGAUUACCUCAGUAAUCAGCCACCGCAGGGUACAUCAAGGUGACCUACGUAGUUUGUGCAUGAAUCAGCAAGUGCUAGCAUUAUAAAGCGGGUUGAUUAACAGCUGUCACCGUUUGGUUUCAGCCUGGAACUCUACAUACAUUUGCGGAAAGCAACAAGAUUUUCAGGCACAUGCAAUCGGCACUAGAGAAAGAUUUGAAAGACUAGCCAGAUUCCCACGUCUCUACAGGACAGCAACGAUGUCCGACUGUCCUGACACUACUGUGUCUCUGUAGCCUCACCUUGUGGACCACCGCGGACGGCAAGGUGUUGACUCCACAACUGACUUCAAAAAUUGAGGCGUUCGUGGAGAACCUCAUGCAGUGUCGUAAAGGUGUCGGCCUUUCGUUGGCCGUUGUCAAGGGUAACGAGACCUGGACUCGAGGGUUCGGCAUGGCCGACAAAGCCUCUGGACGACCGGUCACUUCCUCCACGUUGUUCUACAUCGCCUCAGUUACCAAGGCCUUCACAUCAACCCUCCUGGCCAUGUUGAUUGAGGACAGUCAGGGGAAGUACACGUGGCAGACUCCAAUCAAAGACAUCCUUGGCAAUGACUUCAAGCUUGCAGACGAGUAUCUCACCAGUCACGUGACAAUCAGGGACAUUCUGCUUCACAGGACAGGCCUGACUUCUUCCGGCAUUGCGUUAUUAUCAGGAUUCCCACCCACAGUCACCAGAGAACAGUUUACAAACCGACUUCAGUAUCUGCCGCCAUCAGGACUGUUUCGUGACAAGUUUAACUACAACAACUGGAUGUACGCACUGGCCGGGAGGGUCGCCGAGGUGAUGGGUGGAGCAUCCUGGGAGGAACUUCUCCAUCAACGCAUCUUUUAUCCGCUGCAGAUGAAUGACAGCCGGGUCACCGGGUACAAUGUGGAGGUGGAUGCGGACAACUUUGCUUUGCCUUAUGUUCAGCUUAGGAAUAAAAUUGUACUGUCUGACCCGGUGAUUUACAAAACACAUCCAGACGAACCUGCUGGCGCAAUCGCUUCUUCGGCAGACGACAUGGCGAAGUGGUUGUCAUGGCACCUACAUGGAGGAGUGACGUCAGACGGUGACGUCCUUCUAAGUACGACAACUCUACAAGACAUGUACACACCUCGCGUGAUCACGUCUUCUCUCCCCUUACAGAAGUCCAAGUAUCCAGUCACCUACGAGACCUUCGGGUAUGGUUAUGCCUGGGAGACGUCUUCUUACAGAGGCUAUCCAGUGAUCUGGCAUGACGGAUCAUUUCUUAGCUACAAUACUCACUUGUCUUUUAAUAAAGACCUUGAUCUUGGCAUAUUCAUCGCGUCCACUGGUGAUAAACCCUCCGAGGUGACGUUUAGCUUCCAGGAGAUUUUGUUCUACAUAACUGAUCUGUUCCUUGGAGAAGAACCUUGGCUUAAUACAACAAACGCAUGCCAGUUUCCUCAGCCAUGGGUCAACACUACGGGUCAGACACCUUCAAAUGACACAAAUAUUGUCCCUGGAGACAUCGAAAAUCCUCAAGACUUUGUGGGACAAUAUGAGAACAGGUUGUUUGGAAACAUUGUCGUAGCUCAAAAUGGAAGCAAUGAACUGUUAGUGACCUAUGGCCGUGUAACAGGCAAACUACAUAAGACGAAAGACCGCAAUGUUCUCAUGAUGGACAUUUAUGGCCUUUUUGAGUUCGUAACACAUCCAGGAGAUAGUGUGCAGUACCUUAACCUGACCUUUACAAGAGGAGAUCAGAACGAGAAGUACCAGCAGCUUCUGGUUGGUCAAACAGAGACUUUGGUUUAUUCGCGAACAAAUGUUUCUGCUCCUACAGGUGACACACUCAUUGGGCGUUAAAGAUGGUCGCCUUAUUUAUUGCUAUAAUGAUC